AUGGUAUGUACAAAUUCUGGAAUAAGUAAAUUUGAUUUAAAAAGUAAAUCAGCAUUAAAAAAAGAAGAACAAAUUCAAUUAAAAACAAGUCAUAUUUCAGUAAUAGAUAAUACUUUAUGGGCAUUUUAUCCAGACCUAAAGAAAUUAAAUGUUUAUAAUGAUAAAUUACAAGUAUUAAAAUCAUUUGAUUUUAAUGACGUUGUAUUUAUUAUUGAAUGUGGUAAUAGUGUUUGGGUUGGACUCAAUACAAACCAAUUAAAUGUUAUUGAUUCUAGUUCUUAUGAAAUUACUCAAACAUUUGAUUUAUCUACUAAUAAAGAUGUUAGUCUUAUUACUGGGUUAUUAGUACAAGUUGGUAAUCCUCCUUCUGCAAUAUUCCAAUUCUGGGCAAGUACUGAUGACUUACAAAUACAUUUCCUUCAAACAACUUAUAAACCUCAUACUUUUAUUCCAAGUGUAGAAGAAGCUUCAAAAUGUGUUUUCUGUAAGAAAGCAGUAAAACAAAAAGAUAGUUUUCAAUGUAUUAGUUGUAAAUUGGUCAUUCAUAAAUCUUGUGAUCCUUAUAAACAUAAUAUUCAAGCAGUUUGUAAGGGAAAACCUCAAGUAGUUUCUUUGCAAUUGUCCCAAGGAAUGGACACUGACUCAGGUGCUAUUAUGGCAGAACCCUCUCCAAGAAGAAAGAAUUUACAAAAAAGAUUAAAUAGGUCAUACACUAUUAAACCUGUUUCUGGAGGUAUUUCAUUCCCCGAUGAUUGGAAAUAA